ACUACUAGAAAUAUACUACAAAUCACUAGUAAUACUCCAAAGACCACCAAAAAUGCUUCACAAACUACUGACAAUGCUUUAAAGAUUUCUCAAAAUGUACUACAAACUACUAGUAAUGAUCCAAAGACUACUGGAAAUAUACCAAAAACCAUUGAAACGCACUACACACUACUGGAAAUACCACUAGAAAUAUAUCAAAGACAAAUAGAAAUGCACCAAGAGACAACUAUAAAUAUAUUACAAACAAUUGGUAAUACAUCAAAGACUACUGAAAUAGUAUCAAAAUCUAUCAGAAAUACACCAAAGUUCACUAGAAAUGCACCAAAAACCACUAGUAAUGCACCAAAGACUAGAAGAAAUGCUUUAAAAACUACUGAAAAUACUCUAAAGACUACUAAUUAUGAUGCAAUUUUUAGUGCAUAG